GUGGACCAGUGCAGAAAAGCAGGCCACCUGAGAAGGAAGGUCGUUUAUGUUCCACUUGAGAGCGAUAGAGAGAGAGAAAGCGACUGUUCCACUAAAGACAGCAAGACCAGGUGGUCCACUAGGGAGAAAAGUCCACAAUUGUCCACGAUAGCAAAACCAGGUAUUCCACUAGCGAGAACAAAUCCACAAUUAUUCCACCAGAUACAACAUCAACACCAGGCCUUCUUCCACUAAAGAGAACACAUCCACAAUCGCUCCACCAGAAAGCAAAACUCCGCCAUCGUUUCAAAGAACAAUUCCACAAUCACUCCACCAGAGAACCAGUCCACACGGGAGCAUAAGUCCACACCCGUUCCACCGAAAAUAACACUGUUGUGGAUUUGAAAUGAGUCGACCGUUGCAGGAUUUUGCGAUAUUGCAUUUAAAUCUUGUGACGUCAUCGUUGUCCGUUAAUGAUGGCAUUAAUUCGUAUAGUUUUUUCUAACUGAUAAAAAAUGUGCCACCAAUGACUGACGAUGCCGAUGAAUAACGGAAUUUAGAAAAUAUAAAAUAACCGGUAUAUAGAAAAUAUAUAAAUAACGGGAAUAUAGAAAAUGAAUAAUAACCGGUGUAUAGAAAUAUAUCAAUAACCGGAAUACAGAAAAUAUAGAAAUAACCGGAAUAUAGAACCUAUAUCAAUAAACAAUAUAUUAGAAAAUAGACGAUGAAACAAAUGACCGAUAAUUGAAAAAAAUGGACAGUUACAAAACCGAUAAAUAACUGAAUAAUGAAAAUAUAUAAUGACCGAUAGAUGAUGAAAUGAAAAACUAAACAAUGAAAAUACAAAACGCAGAAAAUAUAGAAAAAUAACCGAUAUAUGAAGAAAAACAAAAAAUAGAAGAAUAAGGAAACAAAUAAGAAAAAGAUAAAAGCCAAAAAAAAAAAAAAAAAAUGACAUAAACCUCAAAGCGAUCCAACGAGACCGAGCGAAACCAGACUCGAACUUUCGAAACCAGCUCAGUUACGCGAAACCAGACUCGAGCUUUCGAAACCAGUUCAUUUACGCGAAACCCAAUCCUUCCGGAGCGCCUUUCCCCUUCGCCGCGGACAUGAGAAAACGUUUCUUGUGUCUGGCCGUUGGCGUGGUCGUCCUCACCGCCUUCUUUCUCGACGUCAGCACCCUCGGAUCGCCGCCCUCCGUCGCCCUCGCCGUCGUCGACUUCCAUAGAUCAUGGCAACUCCUCGAAACGCCGACCAGAGACGAGGCUGAAGAAGAGACGCAGGAGACGAUGGAAGAGGGAGACGAAGAAGAGGAGAGAGAGAGAGAAGAAGAGGGAGAAGACACGGGAGAGGAGGAGCAAGCAAGAUUAAAGGGGAGAGAUGUACUAAACAAGAUGAAGGUUCUGUGCUGGGUUCUCAUGUGUCCUUCUAAGCAUAAUGAGUCGGCUGUGCACGUCAAAGCCACGUGGGGAAGGCGCUGCGACAAACUCAUCUUCAUGAGCACCAAGGACGACCCGGAGCUCGGAGCCGUCGACCUGCACGUCCCCGAAGGCUUCUACAAGCUGUGGCUAAAGACCAGGGCCGCCUUCAAGUACCUGUACGACCACCACCUUCGGGAGUACGACUGGUUCCUCAAGGCCGACGAUGACACGUACGUGGUGGUAGAUAACCUGCGGUACAUGCUGUCUCCUUACGACCCCAGCCAGCCUAUUGCCAUGGGGUGUCGACUCAAAGGAAACGUGCCCGGGAAAGGUUACUUAACUGGAGGGGCGGGCUACGUCAUGAGCAGAGAGGCUGUCAGGCGCGUGGUCGAACGGGGCAUCGACGCCGACAAGUGCCCUUUGAAGCACCGCAGUAGACGACCUGCAGAAGACGCUGCCGCAGCUCGUUGUAUGGUGGCCUCUGGGGUUCGUUUCGGAGACUCCCGAGAUCAUCUGAGACGAGCGAGGUUCUCCCAGCUGAGCGCGGCCACGUUGCUCAUGGGGAAGGACAAGAAGCAGCAUUUGUAUAAGCCAAUUAAGGGCCUCGGCUGCUGCUCCCCGACGGCCGUGACCUUCCACAAAGUGACCGUGUCUGACCUCUACCUCAUGGACUACUUGCUCUACACAAUGGUCGUUGCCGGGCGCCACUCCUCGGCUCCCUUCCCCCCGCCGCCGCCCCCCGACAGGAGCCGCUUGACACCAGAGGACAUUGAGCGAUUUGGACAGACUCCUGCUAAGUGAAGUUUUUCACGCGCUGGACUCUAAAAAAAAAAAUCUACUACACUUGCGAAGAUCAAUUCCAGACUUCCUUAAAAAGAUUAGGGUACAUCUCAAAAGCGGUGGUUUAUCGUGUUUCUCAUCCAUUAACAUUUGAGUUCUGCCGAGGAAACUUGCACAUAGCUGACCAGAUUAUCAUAAGCUGAGUACAUUACUUUCAUUGAUGUCUGGUCUUCCGUUAUUUGAAUAAUCGACCAUAAAUCCUAUAAUUCAUUGAAGAGUACACCAAGAACAUUCACAAAUUCAAUCUUUAAAUAUAUAAAAUAGAUAUACUCAUUAGUACUUAAAAGGUCUUCCUCAAACGACUCUAAAAGAUGGCAUAAUAAAAAACUCAAAAGAUA